AUGCGACUCUUAUUUCUGCUCCCUCUGGUAAUGAACUUAUGUUGUUGCCACCCUGCUUCAGUGUUUAUAAAGAGGAAGGUGGCUCAUGGAGUCCUCACUCGUAUAAAGCGGGCAAACUCAAAUUGGUUUGAAGAGCUGAAGGUGGGUGAUCUGGAGAGGGAGUGCAUCGAGGAGAAAUGUUCUUACGAGGAGGCCAGAGAGGUGUUUGAACACACAGAAGUAACGAAUGAAUUCUGGAGCAACUACAAUGUAAAAAACUUCUGUCAGUCAAACCCAUGCAAGAACAAUGGUACCUGCACACAGAAAAAAGAAUCCUAUUCAUGCCUGUGUCUGGCAGGUUUUCAUGGGCGUAACUGCGAACAUGUGGUUCAAAAUACUACUCCUGACUCUUGCUUCAGUAAUAAUGGAGAAUGUGAACAUUUUUGUGAGGAGGGACCAGAGAGACGUAACUGUUCCUGUGCCGACGGGUACUUCCUUGGGACGGACAGGCAAAGCUGUCUGACACAUGAGACAUUUCCUUGUGGUAAAGUGCCACUUCUCAAUGCCAACAUCACCAGGAAAAAUGUAGAGCAUGACCAAAGGGCUCGAAUAGUAGGAGGGACAGAAUGUCCUCGAGGACACUGUCCAUGGCAGGUCUUGCUAAAGUAUGGUGAAAAGGGCUUCUGUGGUGGUGUGAUCUAUAAGCCUACAUGGAUCCUCACAGCCUCUCAUUGUUUAGAAAAUCUUGAAAUCAAGUUUCUCAAGAUAGUUGCAGGUGAACAUGACCUUGACAUGAUCGAAGGUUCGGAACAAGUUAUAGAAGUGGAGGAGAUGAUUAUGCACCCCAAAUACGACGUAUCAACAACAGAUAAUGACAUUGCCCUCCUCCGUCUCCGCCGUCCUAUCGUCUACAAUACGUACGCAGUACCUGUGUGCCUCCCUCAAAAAUUAAUGGCAGAACAAGAGCUGUGGAGAGUCCGCUUACACACCGUGAGUGGAUGGGGACAACGCUCUGAGAAUGGUCCGACAUCACGAUAUCUCCGGAGGCUCAAUGUGCCCCGUAUCUACACUGAAAACUGUAAGAAGGAAAGCAAUGUCUCGCUAACCUUGAACAUGUUCUGUGCUGGCUACUUCAAGGGCAAGGAGGACUCGUGUAAAGGGGACAGCGGUGGACCUCUCGUCACCUCUUUCGGGAACACCACAUUUCUCCUGGGCAUUGUGAGCUGGGGCAAAGGAUGCGCCCGCCCGGGUCAGUACGGCAUAUACACACGUGUGUCCAAUUACGUGGAUUGGAUCCACAAACACACAUCAGCUCUCAAGUCAGCAAAUGGAAGCGUGGUAGCGGGGUCAGUGGAAAAGACUGUCUAA